ACAGGCCGGCGCAGUUUGAACACGCGCUCUCUCACACUCUCUCACGACCGCCACGCUGCGCAUUCGCCAGAGGGAGAACAGAACACAGAACAACGUACACCGCGGCCAACAGCACAAAGCAGCUAUUUUUAUAUUAACCGUUCUAGACGACACAACACAACACGGCGCGGUGCGUGCAGCUGAGCGUUGUUGGAAACCCAUUGAAUACUAUAUUCGACAGCGGACUGCACUUGGUUGGUGGCCACGCGAAAGGUUGGCGAAAAUUGCAAGUCAAUGCGAGGCGGAAAAUGAAAUAAAUCGGAAAGAAAAGUGGCGGCUGGCGACGUUUUCAAGCAGUCAACGCGCAUAAUCGUAGCCACCAUCUAGCGCUCGCACACAUACAAACACACACUCGCAUACAUAGCGCUUGGAUGUGUCUGUGAGAGAGCCGGAGAGGGUGAGUGGGCGCAGCAAAACAACUGUAAAUUGUGUCUUGCGACAUUCGCCAGAGGCGCGCGGGUCGUUUCCAGCUAAAGCAGCAACAAAAUGAGGAUUCGGGAAAAACGCAGAAGGGAGAGGGAGCAAAGGAGCCAGGCACAGGCACAUGCACAGCCCUCCAAACGAGAUGACAAGAAGGAUAAGGUAAUCGACGUGGAUGCAGUGGUGAGGCCCAGAGGGCCGAUAAUCGUGCCGAGGUCAUUCACCCCGACACCCACGCUUUCGGCCGCCGAGAAGGUGGCCUUCGACAAUCGCAUCAAGCGCAAGAAUGUCCUCGCUCUCAACGAGAAGGUGGCCGCCCUGCGGGAGUACGAUCGCGUGCCGGUCUACAAGCACGUGGGCCGCCUGUUCAACUGCAGUCCGGACCAGAUCAAGCGCAUCGUGCAGCAGCGUCAGGAGAUCAUGAGCGCCUGGGAGCAGCGCACGCGGCGCACCCAAGACGCCGGCACCAUGGAGACGAAGACGAUGAGGGUGUCGAUGCUGGGCAAGGCCGUGUACGACUGGAUUCGUCGCAUGAUGUACUACAAGGACUUUAUCAUCUCCGACGGACUGAUACAGAAGAUGGCGCUGCAGUUCAAGAGCUCCAUGGGGCUGGCAAACUUCUUCCCCCACCAGGAGUGGUGCGACAAGUUCCGCAGCACCUACGGCAUCGAAAGCAGCGACACAAAGCUGCUGAAGAUCGGCUACACGCAGAGUUACUCGGUGCAGAUCAAGGACAUUGUGAAGGACGUGACGUCCGAGUGCAAGCCCAAUGAAAGCAGCAACCAGCAGAACGAAGGGGAGGACGAGCAGGACGAUGGGAACGCGAGCCUGCCCAGCUCGUUCAGCAGUCAUGCCGGCGAGGAGGACGAUGAGGUCGAUGUGGAUGGCGGCGACAUAAGUGAGCGGGAGGAGGAGGAGGAGGACGUGAAGCCAUCGCUGAGCGAACUGAAUCUAGCACGUGCCGCCCAUCCACUGCCACAGUUGGUCAGGCUGCCAAUGCCACUGCCACUCAACACACCGCCUGGCACAUCGCAGAAGGUGCUGCUGGCCACGCCCAUUCUGCCACCAGGCGCAAAGCCACCCGCCGGUGGAGCACAGCCAAUGACGAUGACAAUUAUUCCCCUGGCAACACUGGCCCAGAGCAUAACGAAGCGUCCGUCGUCGCAGCCACAGCUGCUGGAGAAGGGUCCGGUGGUGCCAGCACCCAUGGUCGAGAUCAAGCAGGAAAAGGACAUCAAGGCGGAGCCGAUAGACCCCGAGGAGGAGACAGAAACCGAUAAAGAGGUAGCAGAGGCUAUGGCACCAUCCAAGGCGCAGCCUGACCCGGAGCCAGAAGCGGAGGCGGCCCCCGUCGUGCGCAUCAAGGAGGAGCCACUCGAAGAAGAUGAACUCGAGGACGAUGCGAAUGGAGGGCGCUCCAGUGUCACGUCGCUGGCCGAAGUGCUGGCCGCCAAUAAGGAGAACGAAAUGGAGUACAUCGAGCAGAUGCGCCAGCGCAGGCAGAGCACGGCUGCGGAGGGGAUGCCAACACUGCCACCGAUGCCAGCAUUGACCAUGGCGCCAGCAGCCGCACGCCAAGGCAUCAAGCGUCGCCAACCGAUGGACCACGACGACAACAACAAUGGUGGACAAUCCGCCAGCGGGACGAACGUCAUCAGCUGUGCCGAUGCACGAAAGUACCUGAAAUUGCUGGAGCAAUUCGCUCUCCACAAGGGGAACAUUCGUCUGAUUGGGCUGAUCACACGUGCCGAUGAGGUGAUGAGGGAGGUGGACGAUGCCUCGUCGUAGGAUAAGUCAGAUUCAGGGGAACCCAAAUAUGCUUCAGCCAAAGAGCACGCCAGUCUUAAGUCUUAGUUCGUAGCCAGGCAUCUCGAAGAUGCACUCAAUCACUAGGCCAUAAGGUAGAUUCUAGUUUGUACUCGAACCAAAUACACUUAAACCAAAAAUCAUUA